AUGGCCACAGAAAACACGAGGUUACUGGGUCGCCAGACAUCCAAGAAAAGAUGGUCGUCUUCAAAGCCGGCCAGACAACUUCUUAUUGCAAUUCUGAUUGUGCUUUUACUGGUGCAGUCAGUGUUCCUAUUUAAGCCGGUACUGCAGAAACAUAGCGCCCCUGCGAAAAAACGGAACGUGAUCUUCUUCGUCACAGAUGGUAUGGGCCCUGCUUCCCUAUCAUUGACAAGGUCUUAUCGUCAAUACAUCGAAAAGCUACCCAUCGAUGAUGUGUUAACAUUGGACCACCAUCUCAUUGGCUCUUCCAGAACAAGAUCCUCGAACUCCCUCGUCACAGAUUCUGCUGCAGGUGCCACUGCAUUUUCCUGUGCACUCAAAAGCUACAAUGGUGCAAUUGGAGUUGACCCUGAUAAACAGCCUUGCGGUACUUUGCUAGAAGCAGCAAAGUUGGAAGGCUAUCUGACGGGUCUCGUGGUAACCACGAGAAUCACAGAUGCUACUCCCGCCUCCUUUAGCGCACAUACGGACUACAGAUUUCAAGAGGACUUGAUUGCAGAGCAUCAACUCGGAGAAUACCCACUGGGUCGUAUGGUCGAUCUCAUGAUAGGGGGUGGAAGAACUCAUUUUUACUCUGGAUCCGACAGUCAGUACGGUUCUCGCGGUACUCGUGCUGACGGCCGUAACCUCAUAAAAGAAGCCGAGAAGAAUGGAUGGUCUUACGCUGGUAACCGUCAACAGUUUGAUCAAUUGCAAUUAGGUCGUAACGUUACUUUACCUCUACUAUCAUUAUUGGCAGACUAUGACAUUCCCUUUGACAUCGAUAGAGACGACUCCGAAUAUCCAUCUUUGGAAGAAGAAGCCAUCACUGCAGUUACAGCCCUGAGCGAUGCCACAAGAAACUCAGACAAAGGAUUCUUUUUAAUGAUCGAGGGUUCUAGAAUUGAUCAUGCUGGUCAUCAAAAUGACCCUGCUGCUCAAGUCCGUGAAGUUAUCGCCUUUGACAAGGCUUUCAAGGCAGUUAAAAAGUUUGCGGACAACAGUGACGUUGAAACUAUCUUGAUCUCUACAUCUGAUCACGAAACAGGCGGACUUGUAACUGCCAAACAAAUUGGAAAGGACUAUCCAGAAUAUGCGUGGUAUCCCGAGUUCUUAGACAAUGCCAAACACUCAGGUGAAUAUUUAGGCAAGCAGCUUGUUGCUUAUAAGGGCAAUGAUAAGCGUUCUUUUAUUGAAAAGGAAAUUUUUGAAAAAGGACAAGGAAUUCAAGACUACUCUCCAGAAGAUGUUGACGAAUUGAUGAAGCUAUCGCAAGGCGGUGAUAUAAAUGAUAAGUUAAACGGCAUGGUUUCAGACCGUGCUCAAGUUGGAUGGACAACGCACGGGCACAGUGCUGUAGAUGUCAAUAUAUAUGCUUACGCCAACCGGAGAGAAACGUGGAUUCGAAUUUUGGAUAGACUGCAGGGUAACCACGAAAAUAUUGAAAUUGGCAAAUUUAUGGCCGAAUAUUUGGAAGCAGAUCUUACACAAGUGACUGAAAUGGUCAAAAAGACGAAGCAUUCGCCAAAGGGAGUUAUUUCCGAAAGUAUAUCAGAUGAGUAUGGUCACAUUCUUACUCCUCCUUUAAACUAG